AUGCAAAUUUUACAUUUUGAUAUCAAGCCUCACAACAUUCUCCUUGACCGAAGUUUCACUCCGAAAGUUUCUGACUUUGGACUUGCGAGACUUUAUCCCACCAGUCACAGCAUAGCAUCGUUGACUGCAGCAAGAGGAACCUUGGGUUAUAUGGCACCUGAGCUAUUCUAUAAAGACAUUGGUGACAUUUCUUAUAAAGUUGAUGUUUAUAGUUUUGGGAUGAUGUUGAUGGAAAUGGCUGGUAGAAGGAGAAAUCUAAAUGCACAUGUAGAGCGUUCAAGUCAAAUUUACUUUCCUUUGUGGGUUUAUGAUCAACUUGGGAAAGAAAAGGAGGUUGAAAUGGUAGAUGUCAUAGAAGAGGAAAGAGAAACAAUGAGGAAGAUGAUAAUCGUUGCAUUAUGGUGUAUACAAUUGAGUCCUAAUGAUCGGCCGUCGAUGAGGAAAGUCCUAGACAUGCUUGAGGGAGAUAUGGCAAAACUACAACUGCCUCCAAAACCACUUUUGUAUCCAAGAGAGGCACCAAUUGAUGAUGUUGACACUAAUAUAGAACUUGAAAUGGUCUCAUGUUCGUCAAGUGCUUCAAUAAUUUCAGGUAGUUACCAAUUUUACUAUGACAAUGAGUUUACGAAAUCAUGUAUUGUAUGA